CUUGCUUUCAUCAAUUUAUUUCCUUGACGCCAGCUCUGGCGCGCUAAAGACAAAAUAAGCGUGGCUGGUUGUCGUGGUGGCGGCUGCGGUUCGCGGUUGUUGGAGGGGUUGGCGUCGUUCCAAGGGGGUUUUAUUAUUGAUUAUUCAUGAAUCAAUUUAAACUCUAAAAGCGAGGUCCGACCACAUAUAAGGCAUCAGCAUGGGCUACAUGUCAGUGAUUUGCUGUGGAGAAGUCGGCAAUGCAGCAUUCAUUGGCUGUGGAGGAGAGGUCAAGUUAUUGAAUGACUGUGGUGAGUUGAAGAGAUUCACAUUCCCCCCUGUGACUACUGCAAAACACCCAACCAAGGCCAAUGGAGAGGAGGCAGGAGAUGAGCCACAGGAAAGAGACGAGCAGUCGUCGGGCCGCGUGCUGGGCGUCUGUGUUUCCCCGUCCGGGCGCCUGGUGGCAGCACUGAAUGACCACAAGACGGCGUGCGUGUGGCGGGCCGAGGACGGCGGCCGGCUGGCCUCGUGGCAGACGACGCGCAAGGGCAGCUGCCUGACCUUCUCCCGCGACGAGCAGGCGCUCCUGGUGGCCGAUAAGUCUGGAGACGUUUACAAGUGCCAGCUGGGUGAGCCAGAGACAAAACCGCAGCUCAUCCUAGGACACAUCUGCAUGGUUCUAGAUAUGUGUGUGACCGGUGACGGCCGGCACCUGCUGACCUCGGACCGCGAUGAGAAGGUGCGCGUCACCCGCUACCCCAACACGUGGUCGAUCGCCGCCUACUGCCUGGGGCACACCGAGUUCGUGUCGGCGCUGUGCCUGACGGCGGCCGGCCGGCUGGUCACCGGCGGCGGGGAUAUGACCGUUCGUCUUUGGGACCCGGAGUCAGGUCGCCAGCUGGCGUGCUGUCCAGUGACGGCUGAGGGAAGUGAUAGUUCAAAUAGCGAGCAAAAGGUGGCGGUGGUGUCGAUCGUCGCUGUCCAGGCCGGGGAGGACAGUCUGCUCGUCGUUCGGGUUCACAGCUGGAGCCGCCUGGUGGUGCUCUCCGUCUCCUGCGACUCUCUGACGCCCCGGCCGGACCUGGAGGGCGCCCUCCGACAGCCGGCGGCGCCCUGGGCGGUGGCCGCCGCCGCCGACCGGCUGCUGGUGCUGCGACCCGACCCAGAGGCGCCGCUGGUCGAGUACCGCGCCGCCGCCGACGGUCGGCUGACCCUACAGCCAGCCGGAGCGCGCGCCACUGCCGCCGCCCGGCUCUGUACCGAGCUCAAAGAGACGUUCGAAGUUCCCGAGGAGGUCACCUGGCUGUUCAAACAGUGGUUCGACAACGUCGCCGACUACAAGAGCAAAAAGGAAGAACGACUGAGGGGCGAGAAGAAAACGAAGACGUCGGAAGAGAGCUCACCGAAGAGACUAAAAAGCGCGCCGGAAUAAACGUUAGUCACGUAA